GGCUGCAAAGCCAGUCAAGAGUGCUCUGAGGAGGAAAGACUCAGCCUGUGCCAGGAAGGCGGCCGGAGCUUGAGGCGGAGCUCUGAUCUGGUGGUCCCUGAGCAGCCUCCCAGCAGGGAGAAGCCCUUCCUGUGCUUGGAAUGUGGGAAGAGCUUCAAGAAGAGCGCCCACCUGAUCCGCCACCAGCACAUCCACACUGGAGAACGGCCCUAUACAUGUGGGGAAUGUGGGAAGAGCUUCAAUAACAGCUCCAACCUCCUCACCCACCAGCACAUCCACACUGGGGAACAGCCCUACACGUGUGGGGAAUGUGGGAAGAGCUUCAGUGACAGCUCCACCCUCCGCUCCCACCGACACAUCCACACCGGGGAACGGCCCUACAAGUGCUUGCAAUGUGGGAAGAGGUUUCAGCGCAGCUCAACUCUCCUCAGGCAUGAGCAGACACACACGGAUGAGAGGCCCUUCCGCUGCACCGACUGUGGGAAGGGCUUCAGCCGGAACUUCACCCUUAUCACCCACCGGCGGAUCCACACCGGGGAGAGGCCCUACAAGUGUGGGGAGUGUGGGAAAAGCUUCACCCAGAGCUCUGCCUUGAUCUCACACCAACAGACCCACUGAUAAGAGAAGCCCUAUCAGUUCCCCGACUGUGGGAAGAGCUUCGGCCGCUGCUUCCAUCCCGAAUGAAGCCCCUGAUGCUGAGGCAACCCCUGGAGUCCAGUGACUGUCAGUCCAUCCCUUUCGACCACAAAGGGCCAGUCCCCUUUCCCAGGGGCAGCUUCUGCCAACAGAACCCUUUCUGGGGGUCGUGGGGAUAUU